CCCGCGCCCGCCGCGCCCCGCGCGAGCAUCAUGAAGGAUGGCUCCCGGCAGCGGCCCGCGCAGAAGAAGAAGACGGUGUCCUUCAGCACCAUGCCCAACGACCGCAAGAUCAACAGCACGGCCGCCUGCAUCUCCUUCAUGCUGGAGGGCUGCGAGCUCAAGAAGGUGCGCUCCAACUGCCGCAUGUACAGCCGCUUCUUCGUGCUGGACUCCGACAUGCGCUCCGUGCGCUGGGAGCCCUCCAAGAAGGACUCGGAGAAGGCCAAGAUUGAGAUCAAGUCGGUCAAGGAGGUGCGCGUGGGCAAGAAGACCCCCAUCCUGCGCAGCAACGGCCUCUCCGAUCAGUUCCCGGACGAGUGCGCCUUCUCCAUCAUCUACGGAGACAACUACGAGUCCCUGGACCUGGUGGCCAGCUCUGCCGACGUGGUGAGCGCCUGGGUGAUGGGGCUGCGCUACCUGGUGUCCUACGGGAAGCACACGCCUGAGGCGCCUGGGACUGGCCACCCCAGCCUCCGCACCUCCUGGAUCUCCUCCGUCUUCGACCUCGCCGACCUGGAGAAGUCCGGCCUCAUCCCCGUGUCCCGGGCUGUGCAGCUCAUCAAGGCCCUGAACCCGGGCAUGAAGGCGUCCACCAUCGAGCUGAAGUUCAAGGAGCUGCAGAAGGCCAACGACCGCGUGGGCAUGGAGGUGGCCUGCGACCUCUUUGUGGAGGCCUAUUGCGAGCUCUGCACGCGGCCCGAGAUCUUCUUCCUGCUGGUGCAGUUCUCCAGCAACAAGGAGUACCUGGCGCUGAAGGACCUGCUGAUGUUCCUGGAGGUGGAGCAGGGCAUGGAGGGCGUCACGGAGGAGAAGUGCUGGGAGAUCGUGAGCAAGUACGAGCCCUCGAAGGAGGGCCGCGAGAAGGGCUACCUGGCCAUCGACGGCUUCACGCGCUACCUGCUUUCCUCCGAGUGCUCCAUCUUCGACCCGCAGCACCGCACGGUGUGCCAGGACAUGGCGCAGCCGCUCUCGCACUACUACAUCAGCUCCGCGCACAGCGCCUGCCUGCUCGAGGACAACUUCUGGGGCCGCUCGGACAUCAGCGGCUACGUGAGCGCCCUGGGGCUGGGCUGCCGCAGCAUCGAGCUGGUGCUGUGGGACGGCGCCGACGGCGAGCCCGUGGUCUACACGGGCCCCUCGGCCGCCUCCGGCGUGCCCUUCCGCACCGUGGUGGGGCUGCUGGAGCAGCACGCGUUCGCCGCCUCCGCCUACCCGCUCAUCCUGUGCCUCGUGGUGCGCUGCUCGGCCGCGCAGCAGCGCCUGGCCGCGCGCUGCCUGCGCAAGACGCUGGGCGAGAAGCUCUACGUGGAGCCGCCCGACCCCGCCGAGGCCUUCCUGCCCUCGCCGGAGCGCCUCAAGGGCCGCAUCCUCAUCAAGGGCAAGAAGCUGCCGCCGGGCUGCGAGGACAGCGAGGGCGACGUGUCGGACGAGGACGAGGGCUGGGGGCCGGCGCGGCGGGCGGGCGGCGAGGAGCGCGAGGGCGGCCCGCGCCGCCUGCGCCUCAGCCGCGAGCUCUCCGAGCUCGUGAGCCUGUGCCAGGCCGUGGCCUUCCGCGGCUUCGAGAGCUCGCGGCGCGCGCAGCGCUACUGGCAGGUGUGCUCCUUCAGCGAGGUGGAGGCCGGGCGGCUGGCCAGCGAGUGCCCCGCGGAGCUCGUGAGCUACAACAAGCGCUUCCUCUCGCGCGUCUACCCCAGCCCCAUGCGCAUCGACGCCAGCAACAUGAACCCGCAGGACUUCUGGAAGUGCGGCUGCCAGAUGGUGGCCAUGAACUACCAGACGCCAGGGCUCAUGAUGGACCUCAACGCGGGCUGGUUCCGGCAGAACGGCGCCUGCGGCUACGUCCUCCGGCCCGCCAUCAUGCGCGAGGAGGUCUCCUACUUCAGUGCCAACGCCAAGGACUCGCUGCCCGGGGUGCCCGCCCAGCUCCUGCACCUCAAGGUCAUCAGCGGGCAGAACCUGCCCAAGCCCAAGGGCUCGGGGGCCAAGGGGGAGGUGGUGGAGCCAUACGUGUGCGCCGAGAUCCACGGCAUCCCGGCCGACUGCGCCGAGCACCGCACCAAGACGGCCCUGCAGAGCGGGGACAACCCCGUCUUCGACGAGAGCCUGGAGUUCCAGGUGAACCUGCCGGAGCUGGCCGUGCUGCGCUUCGUGGUGCUGGACGACGACUACAUCGGCGACGAGUUCAUCGCGCAGUACACGAUCCCCUUCGAGUGCCUGCAGCCCGGCUACCGGCACGUGCCGCUGCAGGCGCUGUCCGGGGAGCCACUGCCCCACGCCACCCUCUUCGUGCACGUGGCCAUCACGGACCGGCGCGGCGGCGGCAAGGGGCAGCGCCGCGGGCUCUCGGGGCGCCGCGGCCGCCGCGUGCGCGAGUACACCUCCACCAAGGCCACUGGCAUCAAGGCCAUCGACGAAGUCUUCCGGACGGCCACCCAGCCGCUGCGGGAGGCCACCGACCUGCGGGAGAACGUGCAGAACGCGCUGGUGUCCUUCAAGGAGCUCUGUGGCCUGACGCCGGCCGCCAACAUGAAGCAGUGCAUCCUCACGGUGGCCGCGUGGCUGCUGCACAGCGACAGCGCGCCCAGCGUCACCCUCAACCUGGCCGAGCGCUACCCGCCCAUGGAGGCGCAGGGCCCCAUCCCCGAGCUGCUGCGCAAGGUCCUGACCGCCUAUGAGACGAUGAUCCAGACGAGCCGCACGCUCAUCGAGUCGGCAGACGCCGUGCACGGCAAGCUCAUGCAAGCACAGCAGGCAGGCAUGGACUUCCACAAGGAGCUGCACCGCAUCGAGGCCAAGGAGGGGCUGCGGGGCCGCAAGCUGCAGAAGGCGCUGGAGAGCUUUGCCUGGAACAUCACCGUGCUGAAGGGCCAAGCCGACCUGCUCAAGCACGCCAAGGCGGAGGCGCUGGACAACCUGUGGCAGAUCCACAACGCGGGGCAGGCGUGCGGCAUCGGCAGGAACGGCGCUGCGUCGCCCGAGCCCCCCCGCCCGCGUGGGGCCCCGCUGGAGCCCAUCCCCGAGGCCGACGGAGGCGGCGACGCGGCCACCUGCUGA